AGAGCGGACGUACUGGCUUCCUGUUCUCCACAGCCCGCCUCCGUGCGCAGUCUGACGGCAGAGAGAAGGCUGAUGAUCCAGCAUCUUCCUUAGGCGCAUAUAAACAAAGCAGAUACGGACAGCGUCGCCCGAUCGUGCUGGCGGAGCCAAGCAGCCCUUUAGCGCCGCGGUAAGGACUCCCCCCAUCCCCCCGCCUGGAGGGCCGGCGUCAUGGCGCUGAGCUCGGGCGGGUGGGCUCAUACCACCCCUGCGCCGGCCGCGUCCACCACCGUCCCCCGGCCGAUGCCUUCUCACCAGGCCGGCUGCCACACCGUGCUGAUGUCGGUGCGGGUGUCGGUGUGCCACUCCGGGAUCCGGCCGCUGUGUCUUCCCGGAGCCGGAGACGAGUCCCUCCGUCUACAGCUCAGUAUGGACCCGAGCCGCGCCGGGGAAUUCCGGCUCGCCCUGCGGGACGCCAGCGGAACCCGUAGGAGUUUGUCCAUCGUGGAGUUUGACCUGCGCACUGUGCGCUACGAGGUCAAGUCUCCCCGCUGUCAUGAGCUGUGUCUGGCCACGCCCCCUCACGACCGCAUCAGCUUCAACUUCCGCUGCGAGAAGGAGGCGCAGGAGUGGGCCACCGUGGUGAUGUCAUCGCUCAGGGAGGCACACAGAGUGGCAGACAGCUCUCCUCUGCCGCCUGAUGACAGACAGCCCCCCCAGGAUCCGGUUGAACAUGACGGGAGCUCUUCCUCCUUGCGCAGUACAGAGGACCUGUGCGCAGAGCUGACACAAGCGAUAGAAGCAGGAGACACGCAGGCCGCGGCACAGCUGGCAGCCACCCUGGCCCGCCAGCAGGUGGCGCUCAAGAUCCAGCUCUCUGAGAAGAACUACCAGGACACUGAGAUCAGCCUGGCUGUGGUAGUGGAGGACGUUUCCUCUUCCUGUUGCGUCACGGUUAAAGUCUUCCCCCACAUGACCAUCGCGUCACUCAAGCAGCAGGUGUUCCUGGAGUACGGGUUCCACCCGCGGGUGCAGCGCUGGGUGAUUGGUCAAUGCCUGUGCUCGGAUGCGCGGUCGCUGGCCUCCUACGGGGUGCGAAGGGACGGGGACACGGCCUUCCUGUACCUCCUUUCGGCACGCCAGGCCCGUCUGACCCGCCAGCUGUUUCAGCAGGACCAGGAAAGCGCCCUGCUCGCCCCUGCUCCGCCCAGCAACGGCCCCGUCUCCCAGGACUGGAGGGGCUACAGCACCCUGCCCUCCAGACUGUCGCAUGGCAGCACAGGCAGCAGUGGGGGUGGGACCGAGAGGCUUGGUGUCGGUGAAAUUCGAGAUCUCCUCAACCUGGAGAUGCUGCAUCUGGAUGAAGCCACAGUCUCAAAUAAGCCCAACACACAGCCUGGCUGGCCCUGCCCCAUCUGCACCUUCCUCAAUAAGCCCACUCGGCCAGGCUGCGAGAUCUGCAGCGCGGAGCGGCCCGAGAGCUACAGGCCCGACCCGGCGGACCUGCGCAGAGACUCCGCCAGACAGUACCAGCAGGAGAAAGGGAGGAGAGAGGACACAGGGGGUGCCGGAGCGCUGAACGGAUCGCUACUGUAUAACCUGAACCCCCCACACGACCAGGACUACUGACCUGCCUCUGUCACACACCCAGUCACACACACACACACACAC